CACUUUACAGAGAAUCCAUUAGAAACACAAUGUAAAAUACACAGCGUAAAAAGUUGCACUGUAAUAAAAUCACUAACACAAUAUACAUAUAGGAGUAUAUUUGACUCGUGUGCAGAAUAUUUUUUUAAUGAAAUUGAAUAUCAAUCUCAGAAGAAGACUUUAUUAAUCCCAAACGUGGACAUUAUGUUUUGGUCAAAAUGCGGUUUGUUUUUGGAUAUUUGAGAAAGUCUUUGAAUGUCUUCAAUUCUAAAUCUGAACACAAAUUGCUGCCAGAAGUUAUUUGACAGAUUAUAACUCUGUUUUAUUAGAUUAUUAUUUAGGUGUGUAUCUGCUGUCGGGCUUAUUUGAAAGAUAUAAACAAGAUUAUUUUCAUAAUACUACAAAAUCCAUCACUUUACUAUAUUAAGUUGUAUUCAAUAAUGCUGCUUAAAUUAUGUUAUAUUCUAAAAUAUGCUGCUAUGUCACAAAGGACAGUUUUGAUAUUGUAUAAUAGUAGUCAGCCCAAUUUAAAAUCCAUUUAUAUAAAAACCAAUGUAUUUUUCAUGUGGUUUUUGAAUCCUUAACGUUUUGUUUUAGGGAGAUUGUUUUUGUAGCCGAUAAAGUCCACAUUGUUUCAGGGAUGUUAGAAUACUGUCUUAAUAUUGGGGGAAAGGCUCAUUAGGCAGGUUGUUGAGAAUCACCUCCUCUCUCUCCAUCCUCCCACUCCCCCAAAUCCACUGGGGAGAUCUCCUGCUUCUGAUUGGUCGGUGAUGAGUCAACGAGGAGGGGGGGUGACGGGAACAAUGUCAUCAUGUCGCCUUUAAAAAGAGUGCAGCUAUGUUUGUGGUGAAAGGAAUCAGAACAGGGAGCAGAACGGACGAUCAGUAGCGGCAGAAACAGACGCGUCAGAUGUCCUGAAAGUGGAUCUGCUCCCUUCCCCAAAAAACAGUGCCUUCCGCUCUCCAUCCAGCAGAAACAUGCCCAGAGGAUUUUUAGUGAAAAGGAACAAGAAACCAAACCCGGUGUCGUACCGCGUCCGCGUCGAGGAUGAAGAGCCUUCAGCUGCUGCCGUGCCACCUCCACCUCCACCGCUCCUGCCGCGUCCCUCCUGGGUGCCUCUCGCAUCCUUCCCGGUGCGCGCACAGACUCCCACGUGCGGGGCGGUGGCUCCGGAGCGCGUGGAGAGACCGGUGCAGUUCGGUAACCCCGAGGCGGUGUACCAGGCUCUCUACAGCCCCACGCGCCCCGUCAGCCAGGACGACGAGCGCUCCUACGAGAGGCGCUUCAACCUCUCCGCUGCGUCCUUCCCCACCGGAGCGGCACUCCCCGCGGCUCUGGACCGCCCCUUCGCCCCGGUGGAUCUGAAAAUCGGUUCCAGCAACAGCAGUCGCACCGGAACCUUCAACGUUACCGCAUCCACCGCGACGCUCCCCACAAACACAAAGCGGCAUUCAAGCGACACCGAGCGCAAAGGAAAACCAGCGUCCAAGAAAACCAAAACGAUCCGGAAACUGCACUUUGAGGAUAACGUCACCACGUCUCCGGUGCUCGGGCUCAAGAUUAAAGAGCCGGUGGACCGGAAGCCCCCCAGUCUCACCGGGGAGGAAUACAUCCCACUGGGGGAGUUCGUCUGCCAGCUGUGCCGCGAAGAAUACGCGGAUCCUCUCGCCCUCGCGCAGCACAAAUGCUCCAGGAUCGUGCGCGUGGAGUACAGGUGUCCCGAGUGCGACAAGGUGUUCAGCUGCCCGGCGAACCUCGCGUCGCACAGGCGGUGGCACAAACCCAAGCAGCAGCAGAGUGUCGCGCAGCAGCACUUGGAGAGCGACAAAUCUGCCGCGUCCGGUAAAACAGCAGCAGCUUUGGAUGAAGCGAAGGAUUCUAGUGACAGAGACACAACCAGCCCGGGACCCUCAGAGUCCGGAUCUGAGGAGGGGCUUUAUGAUUGUAACCAGUGCGGGAAAAAGUUUAAACGCCAAGCUUACCUGCGGAAACACCUGGCGUCUCAGCACUCUAAAGUAACGGAGGACGACGAAGCGGCAGCAGCAGCGGCGGCAGCAGCGGCAGCGGUGCGCGAACAGAGCGCAGCGCCGCUUAACCUGAGCGCCUGCCACCUGUGUCCGGUUUGCGGGGAGAACUUCUCGAACAGGGGCAGCCAGGAGCGUCACGUCCGCCUGCUGCACUCCUCCCAGGUGUUCCCGUGUAAAUACUGCCCCGCGGUGCUCUACAGCUCCCCGGGGCUCACGAGACACAUCAACAAGAGCCACCCGUCCGAGAACCGGCAGGUGAUCCUGCUGCAGGUCCGGUAAUCUGCUUUCACACCGGGACACACAUCCCGAUCUGUUCCUGAGAGGGGUUUUUAGAGAUACACUGCAAACAUAUCUGGUUUAUUUCAACGGUCGGGCGCUAAAAUCUGACUUUUUGGUCAAAUUGAGUGGAAAAGACAUCGACCUUUGGUUCGAGGCAGUCACUCCUGAUCUCAUGUCUCCAUAGUUUUAGUUCUGUGGUUAAAAAUCAACAAAUGUUUCUGCUAUUUUUAGAUUUUCAACAAUCUGAACUGUACAUUUCUUCAAAAUGUUUGCAAUAAUAUGCCUUAUUUUGGGAUACUAAUUCAAAAAAGUGCUCUUUUAUUAAUAUUAUUAUUAUUUUUGAUAUUAUAUACAAAUAAUUGUAAAAUAAUCAAGCCUUUUAUUCAUAGAGCAAAACACUUUAUAUAUAUCCGUGGUACAAUUCAUUAAAUAAUACAAAAAUCAUCAUAAUACAUCAUAAUAAAACAGACAAUAUUAAUUACAAAUUAAAAGUAGCUCAUAACAAUAUAAAAAUAAUGAGGAAUUAACCCAAUUUUCAAGCCGAUAUUAAAUCAGUUAAACAGAGAAAUGAAAGGAUAUUUUUUGCAGUGUAACUCCUCCUCAUGGUUGAAAUUCAGUGCCUUGCGUUAGGACACUUCAGCCUGUUCUGGGUGUGUGUUUGGCCCUACACACACACACACACACACACACACACACACACACACACACACACACUGACGUCAUGCUUCACUUAAAGCCUGUUAGACUGUUAAUUUAUUUUUCUAGCAUCUCUGCACAAGUGCUAUUAGCUUCUAGACCUAAGAGAGGGGACGACCUGUAGCCGAUUUGAAACCUGAUCUCAUCACUCUGAUAUAGCUUUAUCAGUAGCUCGUGGAUCAGUAGCUGUUGCCUGAAAACAAGAAAUAUUCAAAGUAGAGUAGCCGGUAAUGCCUUUUGGAUUAGAAACUCCUGCUAUCAAACUGCCUUAAACUGUCUUUUCAACACGUAUUUAUCACGGGGCUGGGUUUGUCUUUAUAACCAAGCCUUUCUGUAUUACCACUAUCUAAACUGUUUUCUAUUUAUUUAUGUAUUUAUUAAUUUAUUUGUGUAAUUUAUUAUUGUGUGGUCUGUGAUGUAUUUUCUUCUUUAAUUUAUAAGAGGGGACGGUGCACCGUUCGAGUCUCAUUAUAGCAAUCAGUGGCUCGUACCGGCCGCUCCUGAAUAAACAAAUGCAAUCAAUGAUUUUAAUUUUCUAUGUAUGUUGAACCCGUUAGCUCUUAUACCCGAAACCGCUUUGGAUGUUUUUUGCAGUGUUUUGCUAAAUGUCCAAAUAUAAUAAAAACCAAACUGAGAAAAAA